AUGCAUAUGCUAAAUUUGGAUGAACUAACGAAGUCUUAUUUAGAUGGUAACUUAUUUGAUAGAUUAUUUCAUGAUUUUUUAGCAAGGCGUGAUGAUUUAAAAAGAGGCUUAUUAUAUGUAGGAGAACCUCCUAGUUUAGCAGAAUGUGCACCUUAUGUUUAUGAAUGUCAUAACUUAUUAGAGAUUUUUAAAGAUCUUACUACUAAUUGUACAAUACUGGAAAAUGAAUGUUAUAAUGGGUACAAAGACUAUGAUAAACUUGAAAAUUCUAAGCUUAUUAAGUCGAUUUGA